CCCGCCCCUCGCCCCAAAUCUCAGCCCCCAACGUCUCUCUCUAGCAGCUCGCCUCCUCCCCCAUCCGCGGCGAUCUAGGGUUUCGCCCCCCGCCCCCGCCUCCGACCCCGCCUGCGCCGCGAUGGACGCGCUCUCCCUCAUCGACGUCUCCGGCGAGGAGGACGACUUCCUCCUCGACCUCGCCUCGCCGCCGCAGCACCCCGACCCGCCAGCCCGCGCCGCCCCAGGUGCUGCGGUGGUGGGCGCCGAUUCGAAGCGGCCCGCCGUCGGAUCUCCUCCUCCUCCUCCGGCGGUGGCGGGCGGGCAGGCCGUGGAUCCCGCGGAGCAGGCCCCGGAGCGGGCGCAGUCCCCGAAGAAGACCAAGGGCGUCAACCUCCGCAAGAGCCUCGCCUGGGACAAAGCCUUCUUCACCAGCGAAGGUGUUCUCGAUACUGAGGAAUUGGGCAUUGUAAACAGCACUUUCCGCAAGUCGCAGGGUCCUAGGCUGCUGCCAGGAAUAGCAGAGGAAAUGAGGAGGUCAAUGGAGUCCACCACCUCCUCGUUGGAAAGUGAAAGCUUUGUGCUGGAAAGCCUUGAGACUGAGCUGUUUGACAAUGUCCGUGCUUCGAUUCAGAGAACGCUUGGGAAACCUGAUAAAGCUCCUAUUGUGGCUUCUGGAAGCUCAAAAACCCCUAGGUCCGCAGCAAAGGCGCCUCCUGUCACAGUGAGAAAGGGGGUUGAUCGGAUACCUCAGACUCAGAGCAAGAUAAGGCCCCCUGCUUCAAUAAGCAAUGGUUCCGUUGGUGGUACCAAACAAAGGCCCCAAGUCACCCUGAAAGAGCCUGCAGCUGCAAGAGUGGCUGCAUCAAAAGCUGCAGAAGCAAAACCAUCCUCAAAGCCUCCCAGAGCUCUGCCAAGAGUUGCUACAAUGAGAGCACCGACUAACACAGCUGUCACCUCUGGGAUUGCAGACAAAAGAAGCAGCACUGGAGGUGUAGUCAACAGGCAGGCAGUUGCCAAGUCUGCUAACAGUUCAGCCAGUGUGCCAUCUCGGCCUGGUGGGGGCCCAAAGAACAACUCAACCUCAAAAUCUGGUGCUUUGUCGUUAGCAGCAAGUCCUUCCUUGCGUAGUGCUCCCAUGGCAGGUGGGAAAACAAAGUCACCGACCCUAAUCAGCAAGAACAGGACCGCUCAGAGGAUCCCUAUUCGUUCAUCAUCAAGAUCUGAUAUCAGCAAGGUUGACCCAGCAAGGGCAUCAAGAAAUAAGAGUCAUGGUGAGAGUGCAUCACCGACCAUUUCACCAAGCAGUUCUGUGGACAGCAUGAGUUCUGUGAUUUCUGGGGUUUCAACAGCAUCCACUGUAGGGAGAGCGAGUCAUACAUCUGAGACCUUUAGUACAAGGUCGUCUUCAUUGUCCCCUUCCACCAGAAAGAGCAAUGACCACCCUCCAACCACACUACGGAGGCCUGUUAUUGUUAGAGAAGGACAGGCUUCAGGAGCAUUUGCUGAUAAUGUGAAAUCUAAUGUCGACACAUCAACCCAAGGAAAUGGUUUUAAACCAUCUGGUCUACGAAGGCCUACACCCAAGAUUGGAUAUUUUGAUGCCGAGAAAUCUGUUGAACAAAAAGCCGGUGCACGGGCACAACUGCAACCCACGAAGGUUCUGUUUUCACCGUUGGCCACACAGAACUCUUGGAUUCCUUCUACUCCGAAGACAAUCCCUGCAACUCUUACCUUUGAGCAAGAAGAACCAAAAUCUAGGGCAGCAGCACCUUCUCAAACUAAGGCGUCACCUUCACUACCUCUCAGAGUUGCACAAACUGAGGUAAAACCAUCAAAGGUGACAGAGCAUGAAGUUUCUCAAAAGGAGGCAUUGCCUUUACUGUCUCCAAGAGUUGCACAAACUGAAACGGAACCAUCAGAAGUGGCGGAGGAUGACAUUUCUCCAACUAAGGCAUCACCUUCACUGCCUUCUCUUACAGUCGUGCAAACCGAAGUAGAAUCUUCAAAGGUAUCCGAGAAUGAAGCAGCCAUGCAUGAGUCUGGUCCACUGGUCACCUUCACUGCUUCAUUCUCGGAAACUACAGUAGCACCUUGCGAGGACAGCAGUCCUUCACUGCUUCUUGGAGUUGCAAAAAUGGAAGUAGAACCAUUGGGAGUGAUUGACCAUGAAGCGGAAACAUCAAAGGUGUCGGAGCAUGAAGCACACGUGCUGGAGACUGGCCCAUUGGUUGCCAUGGACAUUGCAGAGGACGAGGGGAUUCCAGCUUUAAAUCAGAAUGUCCAGGCCAAUGGCGAUAUCAGUUCAUCAACUGUUGAGCUGUCAUCAUGUACCUCUGGUCAGCAAGAAUCAGAAACUACAGCAGCACCUUGCGAGGACAGCAGUCCUUCACAAAACAAGGUAUCACCUUCACUGCCUUCUCUUACAGUCGUGCAAACCGAAGUAGAAUCUUCAAAGGUAUCCGAGAAUGAAGCAGCCAUGCAUGAGUCUGGUCCACUGGUCACCUUCACUGCUUCAUUCUCGGAAACUACAGUAGCACCUUGCGAGGACAGCAGUCCUUCACUGCUUCUUGGAGUUGCAAAAAUGGAAGUAGAAGGUAUCACCUUCACUGCUUCUUGGAGUUGCAAAAAUGGAAGUAGAACCAUUGGGAGUGAUUGACCAUGAAGCGGAAACAUCAAAGGUGGCGGAGCAUGAAGCACACGUGCUGGAGACUGGCCCAUUGGUUGCCAUGGACAUUGCAGAGGACGAGGGGAUUCCAGCUUUAAAUCAGAAUGUCCAGGCCAAUGGCGAUAUCAGUUCAUCAACUGUUGAGCUGUCAUCAGGUGCCUCUGGUCAGCCACAAUCAGAAACUACAGCAGCACCUUGUGAGGAAAGCGUUUCUUCUCAAACUAAGUUAUCAUCACCUUCACUGCCUCUUGAAGUUGCAAAAAUGGAAGUAGAACCAUUGGAGGUGAUUGAGCAUGAAGCUUGCAUGCCCCAGGCAGCCAUGGAUAUUGCAAAGGAGAACAUUCCAGCCAUGGAUACCGCAAAAGAGAACAUCCAGCCUGGUGGUUAUUCGAGUCCACUAAAGGAGAACAUUCUGGCUUCGCAUCAAAAUAUCCAGCCUGAAGAGCAUAUGACUCCUGUAAAGGGAAGCAUCCUGGCCUCACACACAAAUGCGCAGGCUAUUGGGGAGAUGACUCCAAUUACUCUCCUGAGCCAGAAGCUGUCCUCCAUUUCUCUAGGACAAGCUAAUGGGGAGGCGACUCCAUUGACUCAGAAGGCGUCCUCCAUUUCUCAAGGACAAUCUAAUGGGGACGUGACUCCAUUGACCCAGAAGGCGCCCUCCAUUUCUCAAGGACAAUCUAAUGGGGAGGCGACUCCAUUGACCCUGUUGGCGCAGAAGCUGUCCUCCAUUUCUCUUGGCGAUGCCACCGACUAGGUGUCUUGUUCUGCCAGAGGAACUGAGUUAAUCGUAUGCUGCUGGUUGUUUUAUGAUUACAUCCUUGUUAUCAUAAAGAGUGAAGUUAGUACAAAAGGCUGUCCUACAUUUUCUUUUGUUUCCUUUUAGCUGUUCAAAGAGUGAGAGUGCUACGAGUGUAGUAAAAACGCAGGAUAUGGUUGAGAACUGUGAUAUUCUAUUGUGUCCAAAGCACUUGAUCCUGGUAUGCCAAUUGCAGAUUUGCGAGUAAAAGCGUAUAAAUAUGAUUUCCUUCUCAGUUA